CGGAGUGCGGCAGGAAAACCGCAGAGAGCCAGAUUGAAUAGAGGAGGGAAUACCGUAAAUAUCCCGAAUGAAAACGUGUGGAUAUGAAAACAGCUAAACGACUUCGCGUUAAAGACAAAGACUGUAUAGAGCACAAUAGCUAUUGUGGCUGAAUUUUAAAAGAGGAUUUAUGGAGCAUAGGCUAUGUCCUCAUGAAUCCGAAUUAUAGCGUUUGAAUGACAAUCCAAGUGGAACAGAAUGGAUGGAAAUUGCAUGGACGUGCGCUACCGUCAGGACUCAUUUGGGGGGGAAACAAUAUAGACUUAAAAGGAAACACAUAACCGACUUGCCUUAUGAAUAAUGUGUGUAUUUGUCUGAAAACUGUAUCGGGUUUUAGAUACACGGAAACAAUCAGAUUGGUGCAUUAAAUUCCAACGGUGGGAUGUCAUCAUUAGCCAUUGCAUCGUAAUCUCAAGGCUUCUACAGCAAGGAACUUGACACGUCGAGGUGUUAAUAUGGGUGAUUUGGUCGACGCAAAGGAAAUUAAAAAGACUUUCAAUAUUUCGACUAUUAAGCCUUUUGAGCAUUAUGAUUUCAACAGGGCUAAAAUCUUCUCAAGCCUCACAUGGCUAGUGGCCAAAGCCUAUGGGACAGACAGUGUCCCGGGUGACUUGAAGGAGCCCUUCUACACAGACCAGUAUGAGCAGGAGCACCUGAAGCCUCCAGUGGUGGGUCAGCUGCUGUCGGCGGAGCUCUACUGCCGGGCCGGCAGCCUCAUCCUGAAGAGCGAUGCGGCCAAGCCGCUGCUGGGCCACGACGCCGUGAUCCAGGCGCUGGCGCAGAAGGGCCUGUACGUCACCGACCAGGAGCGGCUGGUUACGGAGAGGGACCUGAGCAAGAGGCCCAUCCAGAUGAGUGCCCACCUGGCUCUGGUCGACGCGCUGAUGAUGGCCUACACGGUGGAGACGGUGAGUGUGGAGAAGGUGGUGGCGUGCCUGCGGCAGUACUCCACCAUGUACCCGGACGGAGACACGCCCUACGACACAGAGGACGCCAUCACCAGCUGGAUGAAUAAGGUGAACGAGUAUCUGAAGGACAUCAUCAUGCAGGAGCAGCGGCGGAGGGAGAACCAGAGCGCAGAGCCUGCUGGGAGUCCACGGUCUCCAACCAAAUGGUAUUGGAAACUGGUUCCUGCGAGGUACAGGAAGGAGCAGGUCUUGCCCAAGACAGUGCCGUGGAUCCCCCCAGUGGACAACCUGCUGAAGGACAGCACAGACGGCUGCGCCCUGGCCGCACUGCUGCACUUCUACUGUCCAGACAUCGUCAAACUGGAAGACAUCUGCCUGAAGGAAAGCAUGUCGCUGGCGGACAGUCUCGCCAACCUCCAGCUCGUCCAGGAGUUCUGCAAGGAGAAUCUGAACCGUUGCUGCCACUUCAGCCUGGAGGACAUGCUCUACGCCUCCUCCUCCAUCAAAAAUAACUACUUAGUGUUUAUGGCAGAGCUCUACUGGUGGUUUGAAGUGAUGAAGCCAUCUUUUGUACAGCCACGCGUUAUGGAUGCUGAAGAGCCGGCUCCAUCGCUGAAGAAGUUGCCCUCAGUGCCCAUCUCAAAUGUUACCAAGAGAAGCUUCAUGGAGAGACCUCCAAGUCCAGACAGACCCAGUCUGCCCCUCAGGCCUCAGCCAAAAACGUCAAAUUCAGGUGAGAUAAAGCGAUCCACCUCCAUGUCCUUUGUGGAUGGGUGCCUGGGGACCUGGCCAAAAGAGAAAAGGGCUGCUACACAUGGGGUUUCUUUUGACAUCCCCUUCGAUAAAGACGAGCCAGGUGAGGUCCCCUCAGUGCCCAGCAAAGGCAUGACCAGGUCAGCCAGCACUGAGGGCCUGGGCUUCAAGGUCCACCACAUGCCCCGAGGCCUGAAGAGGAACCUCUCCUUCCAGCCCGUCAACGGUACAAGCAUGGGCAUCGAGGAGGAAGGCUGCCCGGACAGCCUAGCCGGUAUGGAGCCGGACAGGAGACAGAGAACGCCACAUCCCAGAAUGCAUCUUUCCUCCUCUAAUGGGCUGCCAUUGGACGGACAUGGGAACGGCACGGCCACUCCAAGCAUAGAGGAAGCGCUGGAGAUUAUCCACAACUCCCAGAAACAGCAGCAGCAGCGCAGCCCCCAAGCCGAAGGCACCAAUCAGGGCUUCUUCCUCCACCUCCAGAGCCGGCUCGACAUGGACGCUAAGGCCGUGGCUGAGGAGGGUGACCUGAACUCGGUUUCGUCCAAGGGUGCAGCGAGCACCGACACCACAGAGGUGGACACAGGCAUACACGUGCGGACGGAGGACAUCCAGGAGACCCUGGACGAGGACUCCUCUCUGAAGGACUGCACCGUCAGCAUGGACCUGGACAUGGACCAGGACUACGAGAUGCGGGCCAGCCGGAGCCAGGACUCCGUCAGCCUGUGUCCCAGCAACCUCAGCGGCAAGUCCCCGUGCAGCAGUGGCGGCUCGCUCACUCCCGGUGGGGUGAAGAUGACCAGCUUCGCCGAGCAGAAAUUCCUUAAGAUCACUCAGCCCGAGACCAAGGUCGGGGCAAGCUCGGGAUCUCCAAAGAGCGCCCUCGAUAGAUCGGAGGCCGCCCAAAUCCCCCAUUCGGUGUCCUGGGCCCCCACGCCCGAAGAGAGCACUGUCCACAAGCUGGCCCCGCGGGACCCGGCCCAAGCCAUGGCGGCCGAGAUGGUGCAGCUGCGCAUGCGUCUGGAGGAGAAGAGGCGUGCCAUCGAGGCCCAGAAGAAGAAGGUGGAGGCCGCCUUCACACGCCACCGCCAGAAGAUGGGCCGCAGCGCCUUCCUCGACGUGGUGAGGCGGAAGGGCGACGAGACGCCCUCGCCAACGAAGGAGGAAGCUGGGGACGGCAAAGCAGCCGCCGAGGGCGGCGUCCUCCGGCCGGACAAGGCUGCGCAGCAGCCUGCCAAGUCUCCCGGAGGUGAGGAGGGGGUGACUGAGGCGGACUUGCUGGAGUACACGCGCUCCAUCGAGAAGCUCAACGCCUCGCUCAACUUCCUGCAGACGGAGAUGCAGCGGCUGGCCCAGCAGCAGGAGGUCAUCAUGCAGAUGCGCGAGCAGCAGUCCUGGGUCAUCUCCCACUCCCCGCAAAAGGGGCGCACGGCCACGGCCGCCCGGUCGUCUGGGUCCCCGUCGCCCGCCGACUCCCCGCGCUCGGCGCACCGCUCGCCCACCAGCAUCAAGCGCAAGUCGGCCUCCUUCCACGUCAAGACCACGCGGGCACCCAGGCCCAACGAGCUCAAGAUCGCCCCCUUCAGCCGUGUCCUGAUGGCACCGCAGUCCGUGGACAGCAUCCCGCGCCUGCGGCGGUUCUCCCCGAGCCAGCCCGAGCCCAGCUGCUUCAUCUACAUGGGCGAGAACAGGAAGAAGCAGCGUGGGGCUAAAGCCACCGACGACAAAGAGGCCGCCUCUGACUCUGAGCUCCUGUCCCCUGAUGGACUGGCUGAAUUCAGCGGCAUCGAUUCUCUGGAGCUCCUGGGGUCUCCCACCAAAGACACGACCGACAGUGAAACAACCAUUGGAGACGGAGAGCAGGGCUUGAUGGAGCAAACUGAAUCAGGGGAGAAGCUUGGCAUGAAGGUCAAGCCUGCAGUUGGGUCAAAGGUGUCCGAGGUACUGACUCAGACCGUCACGGAGAAGGUGAUUGUCACUCCCACAGAGGCUCCGGCGGACUUCCUGAACCAGACCAACAAGAACCUGAUCGAGGUGCCACUGUCCGUGCUGAAGCCACUCGACGGGGCUGUGCUCGAGGAGAGCGGCGAGAAGGGAGCCACAGGAUUUUUCUUCAAGGAUGACCUGAAAGGGGAGACGGACAUGGCCCAGAAGAGAGCGGCGCUGCUGGAGAAGAGGCAGAAGAGGGAGCGGGAGAGCCAGCAGAGGAAGCAGCAGCUGGAGGCCGAGCUGGAGCAGAAGAAGGAGGAGGCCAGGAUGAAGGCUGAGGAGGACCGCAUGAAGAAGGAGGAGGAGAAGGCUCGCCGGGAGUUCAUCAAACAGGAGUACAUGCGACGGAAGCAACUGAAGCUGAUGGAGGACAUGGACACCGUCAUCAAGCCACGCCCAGCCAGCACCAAACAGCGGAGGCCACGGCCCAAGUCCAUCCACAGGGACGUCCUGGACUCCCCCCGCACCCCCAUCAGGGCCACAGCAGGUUCACGACCUCGUGUUUUUUCAGUCUCCAGCCUGUCUCUGGCCUCUCUUAAUCUGGGCGAUGACAACGUGGCGUCGGACAAACGCACUGGCAGGCCUGACUCAGCAGAUAGCUGUCUGUCUCCCACCCGAUCCAGCAGUCGCAAUGGAGAGAAGGACUGGGAGAAUGGCUCGACCACCUCCUCCGUGACCUCCAACGCCGAGUACACUGGUCCAAAACUGUACAAAGAGCCCAGUGCCAAGUCGAACAAACAUAUUAUCCAGAAUGCCCUGGCUCACUGUUGUCUGGCUGGGAAAGUCAAUGAGGGUCCGAAGAACAAGAUUCUGGAGGAAAUGGAGAAAUCAGAGGCCAACAACUUCCUAAUUCUCUUCCGAGAUUCUGGCUGCCAGUUCCGGUCUGUGUAUACGUACUGCCCAGAAGCCGAGGAGAUCACCAAGCUUACUGGCAUUGGCCCAAAGAGCAUCUCCCCCAAAAUGAUCGAGUCCUUGUACAAGUACAACUCUGACAGGAAACAGUUCAGCCAAAUACCCGCAAAGACUAUGUCCGCCAGCGUGGACGCCAUCACCAUCCACGGCCAUCUGUGGCAAACCAAGAAGCCUGGAACGCCCAAAAAAGCUGUACCCGCCAAGUCCUAGUACAGUAUAUUUCCGCUCACAUCCUUUCUCACUUCUUCUACUCUUCCUUCUCUUUUCAUUGAAUGUUUGUCGUCUAUUUUGCACUUCAAUGUACAAUACCACGCAGCUCAUGGUGGCACUUACUAUACCUAUACCAUUUCUGUUAAGAUUUGUUUCUUCCUUCCAAUGCUGUUUAAGCUUUCUAUUCUAAUUCUGCAAAGUUCCAGCAGAACAUAGAAAAUCAGUUCUAAUAUGCACAACUGGAAUGUAAAACACCUUAGUUGUAAAGGAAUCACUAACGAUUGUUUGACUUUUGAGUAAUUUUAUUACAGCACGUGUGUGUACUGUAUAUAUGUUUUCUUUUUCAUAUGUGCCAAAAAACAAACAAAAAACAACAGAAAGGUGGAUACUGAGUUGUUUUUAUGUGGAACACUGAAGCACUGAAUGUCAUCUGUGUAAACUGUUCGCAUAUCUGUAAACAUGUGUGGCCUUAUGCUUGUUUUAGUUAUGUUUUGUUGCUGUUUUUUUAUUAUGUGAGUGUACUGAAAUGAUUGUAAAGAUUCGUUGAGAGGAUUUUUGGACACUGGUGAGGAUUCGUAUUAUUUUAUUUUGUUUGCCAUUUCAGUGGUUCUGUCAUGACUUAAAAAUGAACCAGAUGUGGGACAUCAGAAAGCCAUCAGAUGGGCAUAGAGAAAUGGGCAUCGUCUUUAUUGCAAAUCGACACACUAUGACAAGAUGAUGAUUUCCAAUAUUUAAUGUAUAUUUUAAUAAAGGUUUCGAUUUUUUUUUUGUUACUCUGGCACUUGUUCACAGCAGGUAUGUGACUGGACAAACUGCAGUUAAAUGUGUAUUUGUUCUUAUUUUCCUCUUACUGGAAAUAGUCAGAAUGAAGGUGUCAACCAUGGUAUAGCCAUGCAGUUCAAAAAUGUUAUCAUGUGUUACACAUAAAUUAUGAAAUUGAGAGCAGGAAUGAUUUAAUGCUUUAAUGAGAAACAACAGUGAACAUCAUUUUUAAACUAGAAAACAGUGGGAUGUAAUAAUCUAACUUAAACGUAAUAGUAUUGUGUAAUUUAUUUACAUUUUUUUUCAUGUGUAAUAUGUGACUGCUAUCUCUGAUUACCAGUUCAUUUAUUUAUGGUUGUUUGUAGCCUACCAGAACUAUUUGCUCCUGAAAGAGUCCUACAGUUAGGACCGUGUUUUUUUUCCAUAUAUUAUGAUUGGUUGAAAUGAACAACCCCAGUCCUCAAGUAUCUUGCCUGUAGACCUUUACUCACAUCAGUGAUAUAUGUGAAACUAAAAGGCUUUUUUAAUCUUCCAAUCGACUAUAACUUAUUUGUGUUUAUGUCAUAGCCCACCCUGUGAGCUGGGCAAAUCCCUUGAAAUUCUUGAAACAUUCUUCCAUCAGCCAACCUAUAUUUUUAAACUAUUGUUUAUUUAUCAUCUAUUCACAAAAAUGUAAGACCUAUAGUAGCACCCUCUGUAUCAGUUGACUGAGGGCUGAAUUUGGAUUACUUAUACGGGUAGAGGCUUGUUCUUGUGUCAUGUUUGCCUUCCUCUUCUCUUCAUACACCUUGUGUUUUCAACAGGUUCCUUGAGGUCAUCAUAUGCACAUGGUAGAUUUCGACAAUUUACUUUGUAAACAGACACACACACAAAUACACACACACACACAUACACUGGUGCUCUCAUGCUCAAGUAUGUUUAUGGAAUUGCCAAAAGCAAUGUUGUAUGUGUUUUGGGAAAAUGUAUACAGUAUUGAAACAAACAACUGAAAAAUAAUAAAGGUGUUUUUUUUAAUGUUACAGAAGGGUAUUCUUGUUGACCAGCUGUUGCAUUUGUGGUAUUUGGCUGUUUAAGGCCGAAGUGAACGGCUGUUUCAUAGCUUGGGCACUGUGGAAUGUUGUACAGUUUACUGUGUGGUCAUUUUCGCCCUUCAGGACACAAUACGGCAUCUAAUUUUAAGGAUGCCACUGAUCAGACAUUGCUGAAGUAACAUGUUUUCUUUUUUUUUGCAUUCAAUAAAAGUAUGCAUGGCCUCAGA